GUGAGGCGGGCGGAAGUGGCGCCGCGGGCGCUUCCGGGUGAGAGCGCGGGGAAAGCGGCGGGCGCGGUGAGGGCCGGGGAGGGUCCCAGCGGCGGUCGAGGCCGCCCCCGCGGCGGGUGCCGGGCACCAUGGGGCGCCGCAAGUCCAAGCGGAAGCCGCCGCCGAAGAAAAAGGUGACGGGGACGUUGGAGACGCAGUUUACGUGUCCGUUCUGCAACCACGAGAAGUCCUGCGACGUCAAGAUGGACCGAGCCCGCAACACGGGGGUGAUCUCCUGCACCGUCUGCCUGGAGGAGUUCCAGACGCCCAUUACCUAUCUGUCAGAGCCGGUGGACGUCUACAGCGACUGGAUCGAUGCCUGCGAAGCCGCCAACCAGUAGCGGUGUGGGGAGGACCCUAAAAUCCCCGGGGGGGGCCGUGUCUGAGACCCUCUGAGUGAGGCGUUAUGUUUACCUGCCCCUUGGUGACCUUUUCUUUACAUUUUUUAUUCUUCUGGCCCCGGCCUGGGGCAUUUGGCUCCCAGAGGGACCCAGAACGAGGUCCCCCUGCCCCCAGGAUGGUGUCCCCUGGGUGGGAGCUGGGGAGGGGGCUCACCCGGCCUUGCUGGGACCUGGAGCUGCGGGGAGACGGGGACCGGGGUGGGUGCCGUGGGUCAGCAGAGCCGACCUCGAAUAAACGAG